CUGUCCAGCUACAUCGCCCUAGGAGAAGAAGAAGAAGAAGAAGAACGCCCGCCCCUGUUUUUUGACCUUUCCUUUCUUUCUUGGGCAGAGACAAAAAUGGCCGUACUUUCCAUGAAACAUUCCUCUUCCAGCUCUUCCUCCUCCUCCUCUGUGGCCGAAGCGAAGCACCAUUGAUGCCUUUUGAUCUCGCCUCCUGAUCGCCCGUACCUUUAUUUCUUUUCGUUGCGUUGCAUUAGGACCCCGUCAGCACAUCUGACGCGAUUGUUCUUUCGUUCUUUUCCUCCGUCUGUCAGGAGCAUCGGGUUCUGAUUCGGAGAUUGAAAAAGGGUAGAGUCUUUCGAUCGGAAAGGAGCCUUCUUUCUUGGAAAAUCCAGCAAUCCGGUUUCUGGGUUCCUGAUAUCGUCCCCCCCUGAGGAGUGGGUUUUCCUUUUUUUUUUUUUGUUUGAUUUUGGGUUGAUUGAGUUCGGGUCUCGUUAGAAGCGGAAGCUCGCAGAAGAAAGAUUUCGUUUCAGGCGUUUGCCCAUUUUCGUGUGUUUCUGUAAUGUUUAGAUGAAUUUGGGAAGUGGAAGCUUGGUGAAUUUGAUUUAGCUCUCGAGGAAAGGCCCUGUCUUGUGCUGUUGUCGUCGGUGCUGUUGGUUGCAAAUCAAUGGGAAAGCCCACGGCGAAGAAGAAGCAGCCUGCUGCACCGAAACCCAGCGAUGCUCACGGCAAGCCGAGCAAACCCUCCGACCGCAACUCCAAGGCCUUUGAUGAAGACACUGCGGUGUUCAUCACCAUGUCUCAGGAGCUCAAGGAAGAAGGUAACAAGCUCUUUCAGAAGAGGGAUCAUGAAGGCGCCAUGUUGAAGUACGAAAAGGCCCUUAAACUUUUGCCGAAAAAUCAUAUUGAUGUCGCUUACCUGCGCAGCACUAUGGCCGCUUGUUACAUGCAGUUGGGGAUUGGCGAAUAUCCGCGAGCAAUCAAUGAAUGUAAUUUAGCAUUAGAAGUGUCCCCUAAGUAUAGUAAAGCGCUCUUGAAGCGCGCGAAAUGCUACGAGGUGUUGAAUAGGUUGGAUUUGGCUCUGAGAGAUGUUAACAAUGUCCUGAGUAUGGAGCCGAAUAAUUUAAAUGCGCUAGAGCUUGUGGAGAAGGUGAAAAAGGCCAUUAGUGAUAAAGGUAUCCAGAUUGAGGACAAAGAAGUUGUCUUGGAGAAUAGUGAGUCCCCUAGUGCAUUGCCGGCACGCAAAUUGGCAAAAGAGAAGUCGAAGAAGAAAAGGAGUGGCAAAGUUGAGGAGAAGAAGGCCGAGGAUAAGAUGGUUAUAGAGGAUUCGACGGCCAUUGUGAAAGAUAAGGAAGUGGUUUUGAAGGCUAUCGAGGAAGAGAAAGAGAUAACUACGGAUGUCAAGGAAGAACAGAAAGUGGUUACUAGGACGGUGAAAUUGGUUUUGGGUGAGGAUAUAAGAUGGGCUCAAUUGCCUCUAAACUGUAGUAUAAAGUUGGUGCGGGAUGUUGUGUUGGAUAGGUUUCCUGGCCUGAAGGGCGUUCUCGUGAAGUAUAGGGAUCGAGAAGGUGAUUUGGUCACUAUCACUACUACGGAUGAGCUCAGGUUGGCUGAAACAUCCAGUGAGCAGCAGGGUUCGUUUAGAUUGUUUGUUGCAGAAGUUAGUCCUGAUCAGGAGCCAGGUUAUGAGGGAAAUGAGGAGGAGUUGGACAACAGUGAGAGAGAAGCAGCUGCUGUGAUUGAGGAUGGUCGAUUCGAGAAAGAAGGAACUAUCGAGAAAGGCUCUACUUGCAUAGAGGACUGGAUCACUGAGUUUGCACGGCUGUUUAAGAACCACGUCGGGUUCGAUUCUGAUUCUUACUUGGAUCUUCAUGAGCUAGGGAUGAAACUUUAUUCCGAGGCGAUGGAAGAUGCAGUCACGAGUGAAGAUGCUCAAAAACUUUUUGAGAUUGCAGCGGAGAAGUUCCAAGAAAUGGCAGCUCUAGCAUUGUUAAAUUGGGGCAACGUUCACAUGUCCCGAGCGAGGAAACGAGUUUUCUUUUCGGAAGAUAAUUCUAGGGACGCUAUACUGUCACAGAUUAAAACAGCAUAUGACUGGGCACAAAGGGAAUAUAUCAAGGCAGGACUGAGGUAUGAGGAAGCUCUGAAAAUGAAACCCGACUUCUAUGAAGGUCUGCUCGCACUUGGGCAGCAGCAGUUUGAGCAAGCAAAGCUCUGCUGGUAUUACGCGAUUGGGAACAAUAUUGACUUGGAGACUGCUUCUUCUGAGGUCCUAAUGCUCUAUAACAAGGCUGAAGAUAGCAUGGAGAGAGGAAUGCAGAUGUAUGAGGAGAUGGAGGAGCAACGUCUCAAUGGAAUCUCUAGAGAAGAGAAAGAUAAAGCUCAGCUCCAAAAGAUGGGACUUGAUGCUUUAUUGAAAGAGGCGUCUCCAGAGGAAGCUGCCGAACAGGCUGCCAAUAUGAAGUCACAGAUUUACCUUUUGUGGGGCACCUUACUUUAUGAGCGUUCUGUUGUAGAGUAUAGGCUAGAAUUACCAACCUGGGAAGAAUGCGUGGAGGUUGCUGUGGAAAAGUUUGAACUCGCUGGAGCAUCUCCUACAGAUAUAGCUGUCAUGAUUAAGAACCAUUGCUCAAAUGAAACCGCUCUGGAAGGGUUCAAGAUCGAUGAGAUUGUCCAGGCAUGGAAUGAGAUGUAUGAUGCUAAGAGAUGGCAGAUUGGUGUUCCAUCUUUCCGUUUAGAGCCAUUGUUCCGCCGGCAGGUUCCGAAACUUCAUUCAAUCCUGGAGCACCUAUGAAGUUGUGGUUGAUGGGAACUUCUCCUCGAGAAUGCGACGCUCAAUUUAUGAAGUCUCGUUUUCUAGAUUUUGCAUUACUUCUGGUGAAGAUAGGUACUUUUUCAUGCAUUUUUCUCGUGCAUAGCUCGUUGUUUGCUCAGGGAGCAAAGGACGGAAGUCGGUCCCGUGCCAUUUCGGAGGGGCUCUAAGUUUUCACAGAUUGCUGUAAAGCUGGAUACAUUUUUGUGUGCAUCGUGAAGGUUGGAUUGCAUAUAGCAUAUUUUUUUCACAGUUGAGAUAGUGGGUCAUGGGUAUUUGAUUUGAUUUCAUUCGAUUUAUUUCUCAAGGACAAUAAUGGGAGAUUAUUUUGGGUCACAUCACCAUUUGCAGUGGUGUGUGGUUUGCUUUAGAUCGUGGUUGUUUCAGCUGUAACACUUUCAUGGUUUCAAAGAUAGCAAACGUUUAUUCUUCUGAA